AUGGUGUCACCAGCAAACGGAAUGAAUUAUUCUAUCGAGAAAAGGCCAGAGAGCUACGAUAAGUAUGAGUUUUCGCUACCGGAGCAGUACCGUAAGAUGGCUAAGGAAGAACUCCGUGAGGACGACGAAAUUCGGGAGCACUCGUUGGCGCAGAUGCGCGAGUGGAUCGCCAAACAUCCCUACAUCCGAAAGUGCCGUACGGAUGCGCCAUUUCUUCUACGGUUCCUCCGCUUUCGAAAGUUCUCCGUCCCGACGGCGUGCGAGGCGCUGGAGCGCUACCUGGCGAUGCGCAGCACUUUUCCGGAGUGGUUCAAAAAUCUCGACUGCGACGAGCCCAUGAUGAAAGGGAUACUCCAGGAUGGGCUAUUUACAAAGCUUGGAGUGAAUCGCGAAGGCCGCAUGGUGAUACUUUUCAAACCUAGAGUGAUGGACCCGAACAAGUAUCUCCCGAUCCACCAGGGUCGUAUGAUCGCCCUCCUGAUCGAGGCCAUGCUCGAAUGGGAGGAGCUGCAGAUCGGUGGCUUCCACGUGCUCAUCGACUUCAGCGAUACCGUUCUGAAGCUGUAUACCUCAUGGGGAGUGACCGAUAUGAUGAUCUUUAUGGACGCCGUGAGUCACUCCUUCCCGAUACGGAUCCGGGAGGUGAAUGGGGUGAAGUUCCCAAAGUUCGGUGUGGCCAUGAUAAACGCGCUCCUCUCGUUUGCCUCCGCAAAGCUAAAGCAGCGGGUGGUUUGUUUCAAGACGGAGGAGGAGUUCAAGGCACGAUUCGAUCCCGAGCUGCUCAUAACCGACUAUGGCGGCAGCCUAGACCAAGUGGAUCUGCUGCGGCAUUUUCGCAAGCGUCUCGAGGACCGUCGGAGUGUGAUGCUGGCAUUAGACGAGAUGGACAUUGACGUCGAACGUUAUUCAUCUCUCUGGACCCGACCGAACCUUGUGCAGAACGAGGUCGAGGGCGGUGUGAUGGGAAGUUUUCGGAAAUUGAACGUCGAUUGA